UCGUUCCCAAGGUUCCGUGAGAGCCGCGUUGCCCCACCCCACCUCUUCAACGCUAUCGAUCUCAACGUGCAAUUCUCCGAGGGAGAAAAAGGGGGCACAAAUAAUGCAGAGCGACGCCGCCGAGGAACACUUACGUAUUUGAAACGUUCGCGGUCGCCGGCAACAGGCAGACGAGCAGCCCACACCCCCGCCCCCUCGGCUUGAACAAACAACGACAACCACCUUCCCCCUUAAGGGAAAAAAAAAAAAAGGCUCUCUACGAUCGGAUGAGGGCUUGAAAACACGGCGGUUGGUUCCAUGUCUGGUGCACAUGUAUGUAACCGCCGUCCAGCAACGGGGGAGUGCGAGCCGCCCAGCUAGCUUGACAAGCGGGGAUUUGCCAUCCGUCAAACACCUGGACGUCGAGCUGCAUUCAAGGACACGCAGCUGCCUAAAGAAUUGAGAGGAGAGCGCGCGGGGGGGAGAAGAGGAGAAAAAAAAAACACCGCCGAUGUGAGGAGAAAGCCACAUUAACGUGACGGGGGGAGAGGAGAGCAAGGAAAAAGGACGGCGGAGAAAGGGGCCUUUUUCAAGCUGGGGUCUUCUUGCUCUUUGGCGCCGAAAGGAGAGGAAAAAACAAACAAACGGGAAUUAAUCGACGACGACGACACGCUCCGGUGAAGCCCCGAUAGGAUAUAUUAAUUUAUUGUGCAGUAUUCAGCCUCCUUCUGCAAGUCGAGGAUCGUGGCAGCAUGGUAUGGGAGGGAAAUGGUGGUGUGUGUCUUCAUCCAUGUCCAUUUCACAUCCCCUCGUAGCAGCGUUGAUGACUUCAUUGCGGAGUUACAGUGGAAACACGGCGCCGCUGUCCUGACUCUUGUUGCCAGUAAAUAGCCUCCUCCAUCCAUCCACCAUCCCUAUAGAUGCCUUCCAUUCUGAGCCGUGUCUUCCACUUUUGGGACCGUCUUGGAAUUUAGGUUCCAUUUACCUUAACCCUACAUUAAUCCUCUUCACACACCCUACCUUCCCACUGUUUUUUUUUUUUUUUUUUUUUUUUUUUGGGUUUUGUGGGUUUUUUUCUGGGUGGGGGGGUUGGGGAUGAAGAUGGGCUGUCUGGGCAACAGCAAGACUGAAGACCAACGCAACGAAGAGAAGGCCCAGAGGGAAGCCAACAAGAAGAUCGAGAAGCAGCUCCAGAAGGACAAACAGAUAUACCGAGCCACUCACCGGCUUCUACUAUUAGGGGCCGGCGAAUCUGGGAAGAGCACGAUAGUCAAGCAGAUGCGGAUAUUGCACGUCAAUGGCUUCAACGCAGAGGAGAAAAAGCAGAAAAUACAUGACAUCAAAAACAACAUUAAAGAAGCUAUAGAGACCAUCGUGUCCGCCAUGAGUACACUCACGCCACCGUGCCAGCUCGCCUGUCCUGCCAACCAGCCGUGCAUUGAUUACGUCCUCCACCAAAUCAACCAGAAGGAUUUCGAGUUUCCAUCGGAGUUUUAUGACCACUCAAAGAUCCUCUGGCAGGACGAUGGCGUGCGGGCCUGCUGGGAGAGGUCCAACGAAUAUCAGCUCAUCGACUGUGCGCAGUACUUCCUAGACCGGGUGGAUGUGGUUCGCCAACACGAUUACACGCCAACCGACCAGGACCUGCUGAGAUGCAGAGUGUUGACAUCUGGCAUCUUCGAGACAAGAUUUCAAAUAGACAAAGUCAAUUUUCAUAUGUUUGACGUGGGUGGUCAGCGAGAUGAGCGUCGAAAAUGGAUCCAGUGUUUUAAUGAUGUGACAGCCAUCAUUUUUGUGGUGGCGAGUAGCAGCUACAACAUGGUGAUCAGAGAGGACAAUCAGACCAAUAGACUCCAGGAGGCCCUCAAUCUUUUCAAGAACAUAUGGAAUAAUAGGUGGCUACGGACCAUCUCCGUCAUCCUCUUCCUGAACAAACAGGACCUCCUCGCCGAGAAGGUCUUGGCAGGGAAGUCGAAAAUUGAGGAGUAUUUUCCUGAGUUUGCACGCUACACGACACCCGACGACGCAAUACCAGAGCCGGGCGAAGAUCCGCGCGUCACAAGGGCAAAGUACUUCAUACGGGACGAGUUCCUGAGGAUCAGCACAGCCAGCGGGGACGGCCGCCAUUACUGUUACCCCCACUUCACCUGCGCCGUGGACACAGAAAACAUCCGGCGCGUCUUCAGCGACUGUCGCGACAUCAUUCAGAGGAUGCACCUACGGCAGUACGAGCUCUUGUGAUGGGGUCGUCUCCCUCCCGCAAUAGCACCCUCCAACCAUUCCCCCACUCUGCCUUUCUGCUCCCUUUCCUUCUGUCUUCCCUCCCGGAACCAUCAACCCUGUCAGGGUCCGUAAUUCAGCGGAACCUGGAUGAACGAAGGCGACUUUGGAACACACACACAAACACACACUACAGAUUUUUAAGAUCUCCUGCAGACCCAAUCCAAAAGUCAGUUCUGAGUUUGUUUAUUCACCGUAUGCUGACCACCAAUCAGGAGCUGGAGAAGAUGAGAGAAACAUAAUGUUGGGGGGGUGCAAAGAGGUGGAGAGAUAGGACGUCACAAUUUUCAUGUAGGAAUGAUUGAAGCAAAGCAGAGGAGGGGAGCUAAACUAAAUAUAUUUAUGUAUGAGUUUAUAUAAGUGUGUGUGUGUGUGUGUGUGUGUGUGUGUGUGUGUGUGUGUGUGUGUGUGUAGGUAUAUAUAUAUGCACACAUACAAGACAGCCCCGCCCACACCUGCCGUCAUCAACACAUUACCCCCCCCCCCCCCAACACUUUACCACCACCUGCCUCUGGCUUCACCUCUUUGUUACUGCUGGACUAUUAUUCUUGUACAGACUGUAAAAUGUAUUAUUUUGUGCAACUCUAUUGAAGAAGAUGGCGACGACAAAAAAAAAAAAAAGACUUUUAGAAGAUCCCUGUGCCUUGAUCACGACUGUACGUGUGUAAAAAAAAAAAAAAAAUCAAACAAAAAAGAGCUAAUAUGUAAGUUAUGUUUUCACUGCGCUGUACAGCUGGACGGCCGUGGGGGAGCCCUUUUGUCUGUCGCUUUGUUUCUAUUUUUUUUGUUGUUGUUUUUCCUCUCCCCUUAUAAUUGUUCAUUUUUGCUUUGACUCCUGGUUUAUAUAAUGGGAUUUAAAAAAGAUAAAAAAAAAUGAGCAGACACACCACAUUAAUGCUGUGUAGUACAAAUACUGAACCUUAACACAAGUUAAUAUAUAUAUAAAAUGUCAGAUUUUAUAUUUUAUAUAUGCACACGUAUUAUCUUCCCUUUUGUGAGCGCUCACGAAUUUGUUUGUUUUUUUUCCCAGACAUGGGUGAUAGGUUUUGGAUUUGUAUUUUCUUUUUUUUUUUUGGGGUGGGGGGGAUUUAACUCUUUGCAGGGGAGGGAACAAUACAAUUGCAAAAUAUUUACUUGUUUCUACAUAAACCAAUAUAUUUUCUUUUCUUUUCUUUUUUUUUUUUGCUUGAAGAAUACCAAACUGCUUCCAGUGUUUGAUUCAUUUUGACCAGGACUUCCAUGUUCAGUCUACUAACAAGUGCUUGCAUUUCAUCCAUCAAUUUUCUGUGCCGGAGGUUGUGAGGAAUGGCACCCAGGACUGGUCGCCCAUGAAUCACAAAGUAAUGAGACAAACGGACAUUCACAGUCACACCUACUGACAAUUUAGAGAGCCUUCAAUUCACCUAAUGUAUGCGUGGAGUCCAUCUUGACUGACAAAGCCUGGUCAUCAAUCAAUUGCAGGGCACAUGACAAACGUUGUCAUAAUUAUGAUUAUUUAUGAAAAACUAAGGACACAAAUAAAUAUAAGACGGUACAUAUAUGGCGGUAACUGAGUACCUCCUUGUGCCGGCCGGUAUUCUGGCAACCCUGCGCAAACAAACACACGAUCUGAGGUUCGCUGUCUCAUGUGAAACAUUUGGAGGCCACAAGUAUGAAAUAAAUUAAAAAUAAUGGGUAUUGUACCUGAUGAGGCCAUCUUGGUGCCACAUGACCACAUUAAAAGUCAAUUUUUGCAUGGAAUUUGCUACUUUGAAAUGUAACGGAAAAACCUCAAGUACGGCAGUAACUGAGUGUGCUUUUAUCGUGCCGCGUGAUCACGUGUCUCCUACAUGCAAAAUAUCACAUGACAAAGCUUGGAAAACA